GAGCGACGAUUAGCUAGCCACCAAAUCGUGACAAAUUGCAAAUAAUUUCGCGCUGUAUAACAUCUCCAGGCGUUUGCAGUUGCAAUGCCAAUCAGUCGCUCCAUAGCUCGGGUUUCGCUUGGUUUAUUGCCAAAUUCCCAAUAGGUGUUUUGUGUAUGUUUUUUGUUUUUUUUUUUUUUAUUGGCAUUCAAUUAAAAGUGUGACAGAAUGAAGAGCAAAUCGUGGACCCUGCCACGCCUUUCGGAUCAAUCGAGUGUGUCCGCCCAUUCGCUUUUGGGAUCCGUGCGUCUGACCUAUACAAUUUGUGCCUUCGUAUCAACCUGUCUCCAUGCUGCCAUGAGAAAUAUGCUCGGCAUGAUCAUCCUGAAAAUGGUGAUGCACCGACCGGAAGAUUCCCUGGAAGUUCAUCCAACUGGGAGUCAUAUCACUAAUGACUCUCGGGUUGUGCAUAACCCAGUGAUCCCCGAGGUUCAGACAGGCGGUGACUUACCAUGGACUCGAAACCAGGAGCUGAAUUUUCCGGGGGUCUAUUACUACGGCUUUGUGGUUUCCAUCUCUUUGUCUGGAUAUUUGGCAGACCGAUGCAGCAGCAAGGUGUUGUUUAUUAUGUCGCUGAUUUUCGAGGGGGUGGCCUAUGUUCUGCUCCCAACGAUGGCACAUUAUAGUUUCGAGGCGGCGGAGGUUUGUCUAGUUAUUUGCGGCUUGCUGGCGGGUUGCGGUAACCCGGCAAUGUACAAGUUAUUUGUUACCUGGGCUCAUCCCACAGAGCGAACAGCUCUUUUGUCCUUCGCCUACAGCGGACUUCUCGUGGGAUCCAUGCUGGUUUAUCCGGUGGCCAGUUACCUGAGUAAUUUCAGCUGGGAAACGUCCUUCUAUGUGGUGGGCGGAGUUUCGCUUGCUUUCGGCAUCACCUGUGUUUUUCUAGUCUACGAUAGUGUUGAUCGGCAUCCACGCAUUUCGGAGAUGGAGGUGAAUUACCUAAAGCAAGGAAGGAAUCCCUUGGGGGUUCAGGAUCAGCAGGUGUUAAGGGUUCCCUGGAAGAGCCUAUUGACGUCGCCAUAUGUCUAUGGCUUCGUCCUGACCCACAUGUUCCACACCUACACCUUCCUGGUUUUGUCUCUAGUGAUGCCGCGAUUUAUGCGAGAGGCUAUGGAGUUCGAUCUGCAGGAGGUAGGAAUCCGAUCGGCGGCUCCAUAUCUGGGCGGGAUCUGUGGAAAGAUGGUGUGCAUCCUGGGUGGCAGCUAUGUCGAGCGUCGCGUGGGUCCCGAUCAGAACUGCAUGCGAAGGAUACUCUAUGGGAUCUGCAGCAUUCUGACUACUUCUUUUAUUGUGGUCAUUAUCCUUGCUGAUUCCAAUGAUAAAGUAUUAGUACUGCUGAUGUUUGCCUUCAUGAUGGCCUCCACGGAUAUGGGUUUUAGUGGCUACUGGCCCACACUUUUAUAUUUUGCGCCCUCUUUUGCGGGACUACUCUCUGGAUUGGCAAAUGGAUUAGCCCAUCUCUCCGGAUUUCUGGCUCCCCACCUUGUCGCCGCUUUGGUGCAUACUGGAGGCAAGAAAGAAUGGAAUGUGGUACUGAUCACGCUGAUUGCUUUUAACACAAUGGCCAUGUUGGUAUUCGGAUUUUGCAGCAGUACCAAUCUGCAGCAGUGGGAUCCCCGAAGCGAAAAGGAAAAUGUUACAUCUGCGACAGCUAAACCAAAUAAUAGCUAACCAAUCUGUAGUUGAUGAAUAUUUUAAUAGUUUUUACUCUUAUUUUGUAUUUUAAAAUUGCGUGUAAAAAUUAAAAAAUGUUGAAUAGAUAAAGAAAAACAGACUA